CGCAGGCACGUGUGCGGAAGUAAACCGCCUGACCCGCCCCACAUGGUGAAAAUGGUUGCGCAGGGCGAAAAACAACAAGGCCAUCGAGCCGGCGUUUAUAAACAAAAAAAUAAAGGCCACAAACAUGGGCGGCAUCGCACGAAAGGUGAACUUGAGAGAGAAAAUAAAGGAAGGGUAUCUGUGAUUGCCCUCACCAAAAAGCAAAGAAAAGAGCAAAGGAAGAUGGACAGAAGGAACAAAGCCAAUCAGCUACGCAGGAAUAAAAGAGACAUGGUUCUAACCGAGAAACGUCGUUUAGGCAGCAGGGAUGGUCCUCCUCAUCUGGUUGCUGUGCUGUCGCUGCAUGCCGGGGUUGAUGUCAGCCCUGUUACCAAACUGCUGCGUCAAGAAGGCGCAGGGGGGGUUGUACAUCAGGAGCAGUGUAUCAGUGGCAUCGGUGACAGCUUUGGGCUAGCUGUGCCUCGUUUUAAACAAAGGUUCACCUUUCUAAGAGCCGACACAGAUGACAUCCACUCUCUGCUGGAUUUAGCAAAGAUGGCAGAUAGCCUCGUAUUUGUGCUGGAUUCUGCUGAAGGAUGGGACAGCUACGGAGAUUAUUGUCUCUCCUGUCUUUUUGCUCAGGGCCUCCCCAGCCAUGCUCUUGUAUGUCAGGGUGUGUCUGAUCUUCCUGUAAAGAAGAAAGUCGAGUCCCGGAGGGCGCUGUCCAAGAUCACAGAGCUCCGUUUCCCAGAGGCCCGUCUCUUUUCUCUGGACACAGAACAGGAUGCCACCCUGCUGCUCAGACAUUUGGGCACUCAAAAGCAAAGAAAGUUAGGGUUCCGCUCCAGACGUUCCCAUCUUGUAGCUCAGUGUGUCACUUUUACCCCAAACACCACUGACGAGGGCAUGUCGGGUGGACGCACUGGCCUUGGCACCCUCUGCGUCUCCGGAUAUGUCCGCGGGCAGCCUCUUCGAGUGGACAGACUGGUGCACAUUAGUGGACACGGAGACUUUCAGCUGAGUCAGAUCGAUGCACCAAAGGACCCGCUGCCCUUGAACACAACUGCGCCUAGACCAGCGAAGCCUGGCAAAGGUGGAGAGAUUGAUAUGCAGGAUGGGGAUGAAACGGAGGCACCAGUGCGGAUUCUAAUGAAAGCAGACCCAUCCUGCAGGGAGAGCCUGCAGACUGAAGCGGAGGUGGAUCCCAUGGAUGGAGAGCAAACAUGGCCUACAGAAUCGGAGCUGCAGGAGGCCGAAGAAGCCAGAAAGAGCAAACGUCUGAUGAAAGUCCCGAAAGGAACGUCCGACUACCAGGCUGCAUGGAUUGUUGAUGAAGGUGAUGAAAAUGGUGCACUGGAUGAAGAAAGCAGUGAAGAUGAUGAUGAUGAUGAUGACGACGAUGACAUGAUGGAUGAUGCCCCUGAUGGAAACGACAAUGACAUGGAGGAUGCCGGUUCAGACAUUGCAUCAGAAGAGGAUGAUGAUGAAGAGGAGGAGGAGGAGGAAGAAGUGUGCUCAACAGAGCGUGCUGGAGCUGACGGCCGUUAUGAUGAGCACAUGGAUGAGGCGGCGGAAGAAGAAGGUCUUCAACGCUAUCGUGAGGCCCGAGCCAAUGAGCUGUUUCCAGACGAGGUGGACACGCCCCUCGACACAGCUGCCAGAAUCAGAUUCCAGCGCUACAGGGGCCUGAAAAGCUUCAGAUCUUCCCCCUGGGAUCCGAUGGAGAACCUGCCUCACAACUAUUCACGUAUCUUCCAGUUCCAGAGCUUUGACCGCACCCGCCGUCGCAUACUUGCGGAGGCUGCCCAAGAAGAGGAGGGCGCUACGGUGGGCUGGUACGUCACACUGCAUGUCAUCGAUGUGCCAUAUUCUGUGAUGGAGAGCGUACAGGCAGGCAAACCGCUAGUUUUGGUCUCCCUCCUCCCCCAUGAACAGAAGAUGUCCGUAAUGAACCUUUUGGUGAAAAGACACCCCAGCAACACAGAGCCCAUUAAAUCCAAAGAAGAGCUGGUGUUCCACUGUGGUUUCCGGAGAUUUAGGGCCUCUCCCAUUUUCUCUCAACACACCUCAGCUGACAAGCACAAGAUGGAGCGCUUCCUCGCGCCAGAUGCCCCCACUGUGGUGUCGGUGUACGCUCCUAUCACCUUCCCCCCAACAGGAGUCCUGCUCUUCAAACAAAGAAAUGAUGGCGUCCAAGACCUGGUGGCUACAGGAAGUCUUCUCAGUUGUGACCCUCGGCGCAUUAUGCUUAAGAGGAUUGUGCUGAGUGGACACCCGUUCAAAAUUAACCGUCGCUCUGCUGUUGUCCGUUACAUGUUCUUUAACAGGGAUGAUAUCAUGUGGUUUAAGCCAGUGGAGCUGCGGACAAAGUGGGGGCGGAGAGGCCACAUCAAAGAGGGUUUAGGAACUCAUGGUCACAUGAAGUGUGUAUUUGACAAUCAGCUACGCUCCCAAGACACUGUUCUGAUGAACUUGUACAAGAGAGUUUAUCCACGCUGGACUUAUGACCCCUACGUGCCCUUGCCUUUGCCGUGGUUUAAAAGAGAAACUACGGUAGACGUGCAUGACUUGGACAUGGAUUAGUAGUGGAUGAUAUAACAUAUCAUUUGUAUGGAAUAAAACAAAUACAACUCUAAACAUGGUU